AUCAACGCUACUGUCUGGUUCUACCACGUUGAAUCUCUCCUCUACCAAGUUUCACACAAAUUUUCUCCAAGUUUUAAGAAGUUUCUCUAGUGCGUUAUGUGACGCUGGUCUGGUUAGUAGUGGUUCGUGCCGGUGAUUGUAAAGUUUCAAUUUCAACGUGCUUUUGCGUUCGUUUUGUUUUUCUUUCUCCAAAUAUAUAAUCAAAUUUUACUUAAAUAUUAUCGCGCGCGGCGUCUCGCAUUAUUUAUUUUUUUCCCCAAUCGAAACACCUACAUACAGUAGGUAUUUAUGAAAGUAAACAGACAUUAGGCCAACGACUGAUCUGAAUUGUACCUACAUACAUUACUUAUGGAGAGCUUUCGACUGCAACCGCCAUGUCGUGUUUAUUCGAGGCAAAUUCGUUCUUCUUCAGUUUUAAAAUCAAAACCGACCAGAUUUUCGUUCUGUCGAUACUGCACCGUUCAAUUUUCUCAUUUUCGUUCGAACGGAGUAGAAAAGGUGAACAUAGUGAGCGCCAAAUGCGAAAACGCUGCUGGUUUCAUGUUUAUGUUCCGCCGCAAAAGAAACUGCCUGGCUAAAAGAUUGUGGAAAGCGCGAAUCCGACGUGAACAUGAAAUCAGGAGUAAAGGAGAAGCGAUCGUGGAAGACGAGCUGUACGAAAACGGUCAGAAUUGCAGUUCUUGUUGUUCGCUCAGCGACGAAGGAUUACUCAGGCACGCCGUUUUGAAAAGAUUGAAAGACAAUCAACUCGAGAUGUUGGUGGAAGCGGUGGAGAGCGGCGGCGCGGGCACUUCGACUUGCGUCCUCGUACCCAAAGACCUGGUGCAGGAGCCGCAUCUGUUAUGCUGUCAAAUUUGGCGUUGGCCCGACCUCAAAAGUACCGCCGAGCUCAGGAGAACGCCGGCUUGUUCUUCGGCCAGCGAUCCGAUUUACAUUUGUUGCAAUCCCUAUCACUGGAGUCGUCUUUGCGAACCAGAAUCACCUCCACCACCUUACACACGCUUCAAUAAUGAAAGACUGAAACCAGAAGAUCGAGCACCAAGUGAGGCUGAAAUCAUCGAUUACGAGCUCGCUUAUCAUCAUCAUCCUGCCCCUCCUCCCCCUCAUCAUCAUCAUCUUCACCCUCAUCACCAUCACUAUCAUCACCACACAUUUUACAGAGCGACUGACAGAUUUCGAGCAUCUUUGAGUACCAGUGGCGGCGAAAGUGAACUGAAAGAGAACGAGUGGUGCAAACUGGCGUACUGGGAAUUAUCGCAACGAGUUGGUCGACUCUAUCCGGUACAAAGUACGGCUGUCAAUAUAUUUUGGACUGAUUUGCAAGCAGAUGGUCUUUCGCUCGAGACGUUAGCUCAUCACAGCUUUUCGCCGCCAGAAUCGGUGCACAGAAAUCGAAAUAAAAUAGGCUUAGGAAUUACGCUGAGUUUGGAAGAAGAUGGCGUGUGGAUGUACAAUCGAAGCGACUGGCCGGUAUUCGUGAAUUCGCCAUCGUUGGAUCGACCGAGCUGCCGAACCUUUCUGGUGUACCGUGUCCCGGCCGGCCAUUGUUUUCGCAUCUUCUAUCCGAAAGUACUACGACCUCCGCCGACGUCGACGUAUUGGGCGGCCACCGCCACCACCGUCGCCGGUCCCAUAGAUCCGAAUUCCGUUAGAAUAAGCUUCGCCAAAGGCUGGGGCCCCAAAUAUUCGCGCCAGGAAAUCACCGCCUGUCCGACCUGGCUCGAAGUGCUCUUGUCGCCGUGCAGAUGAUAUUCGAACCCACCACCACCACCACCACCAUCGGCGUUGGCCUUUGCCUUUGCCUUUGUCUUUUGCCUUUUGCCUUUGGCUUUCAUCUUACGUUACGUUGCGUUGCGAAUUGCCAAUUUCCCAGUUGCCGGUUUCGAUUACCAUUUUUUUAAUUACCUACUCCUACAUAUACCUACUUUUACUUACUCUAAGACUAAGCUUUCGUAUGUAUUACGUCGUCGUCGUCGUAUUACGAUUAGUAUCCGUAUCGUACGUCUACGUACUCGUACUCGUACUCGCGUCGCGUCGUCAUUUUCUUAUUCCUGUUUCAUUCAUUUUGAAAAACGAUGCCUCGUGUGUAGUGUGUACGGCUUUACGGCUUUUCUUUUCAACUAUACCUACGUACCUCGUUUGAAUUUUUCAAAAUUUCUCGUUCAAUUCUAAAGAAACGCGCGCUACAAAUUCAUCACCACUCAUCUGUCGUGUUUUCAUCCGAUCAUCGCAGCGCUUAGAAAAAUCCUAGCAGUGGCAUGGCAAAUUACUGGCCUACGUCGACAAAAAAAUCAGCGUACAAUAAUUCCAUAAUUUUACCAACAAAUGAUUGCCGUUGGAAAUGUUCGAAAGAACCAAGUUACCUAUGUAUUGUUCUUCGUUAUGAAAAAUUUUCAAAUCAUUCGAAACGAUUUUACAUUUUUCCCCCCUUCAUGUUUUAUUGGUACAAGUUGAACGUAGAUAUGUACUAACCAUACGUUACAAUUUUCUGGCUAGUUUUUGUUGAUGUUUGUUGUGUCGAUUCUUUGCUGGUUUACAAAGAAUUCGCCGCAAUAUUGAAAAAUUAUUAGCGCGGUUCAUUUUUCGUUUACGCUCAGACCAUCCUUUCCUUUUUUGAUUAAUUUUCUUUUUGCGACUCAAUUUCUAAGCGCUGCAACUAUCGAUGGAAGUACUUUUGUACGCGGAAUUUAAUUAACUAAUGAAAUUAGUAUAUAUUAUUCGUGUUUUUUUUUUUUUUCAAAUGUGUAUGUUAGUGAAAUGAAAUAACGCGUACGUGUUCUAUUUAAUAAAUAAUCGGUUCGUCAUUUUUCUCUCGCAAAGUCUUUUUUUUUUUUUGGUAGUACCUAGAAUCAAAAUUAUUUUGUCGGUAUUAUUGCAUUUUUAAAAUUUGUUUAAUUUUUAAUUCAUUUUUUCAUUUUUUUUUUCGAACGUAGGAAAACUAGUCGAUACGAGUAUAUCUCGUCAUAUUAUUUUUAUUAUACUAUAAAUAGUUUUUUUUUUGGUUUUGAUUUUCGAAGGAAAGAAUUUAUAGAAGAAGAAAAAAAACGUAAAUUUGUAAACGCUAAUGUUAAACGUGUUACAAGUGAACUGCAUUUUUCUACUUUCAAAUUAUGUAACGUCAACUCGGUAUUUUCGUUUCAACUUUUUACUUUCUUCAACUAAUUAGCCAAUACAUGUAUCGAGCAAUCUAAAGAUGGUGAAUUACGUUUUUUUUUUUCGUUUUUUUUUUCUAAUGAAAAUGCGGUAACUUGUAUGGUAUCUAUUUAUACUUAAAUUUGCGCUAACGACCCCGAUUAUAAUUUCGCAACGUUUCGAGAUCGAGCGCCGAACAAUCCGGUAAUUUUCACAAUUUUUGCGUUUCAUUUCCUAUAUUAUAUUUUUCUCUCGUAAUAUCGUAUGUAGUUGUUAUCUUUGCAAGAUGUUUUUUUCAUUUCUUCGAACGAGUAAAUUGAUUUUCUUCAAUUAAUUUAUGUUCCCCCCUCUGUCCUUCCGUUUUUUUGUUUUUUUUUGUUUUUUCUUAUUAAAUACCUUUAAAAUCAUCGUAUUAUCGGUAUUUUUUUCUCAUCGUGUUUAAAAAGAGUUGAACACUCGUCUGUUUUUUUUUUCUAGUCAUUGAAAAUAUUAUUGUACAUAAGUUUGUAAGUGAUGAUUUGUGUGUAAUUAGCGAGUAAGCUGAGGUGUUGAUUUCUUGUUUCAUCUUGUUCUUUCUUAACGAGUCGUUGUAUCGGUAAAAUUAUUGGUCGGUAUUCGGUGGCGUUUGUUGCUCUACGUGAACAAUAUUUUUGAGAUAGGUUUUUGGUAUCGGCCAAUCUUGCGUGCCUUAUUUCAUUAUCUAAUCGAGUGUAAGAAACAAAUAGUGUAGGUUUUUCAAAUUCUCUGUUAAUAUUGUUUCCUUCUUCUUCUUUAUUUAUUUAUCUGUUUAUUUAUUUAUUUAUUUAUUCAUUCAUUCGUUUAUCAUUUUUUUCCGUACCGAAUCGUGUUACCAGACAUUUUUAUUUAAAAUAUUUCUGUACGCGUGUGACAUAGGCUACUUGAUUAUGUACUCUUACGUUUGUAAUUCGGUAAAUUUUAAUCAUAAUUUGGAAUCUUUCGACGGAAGUCUUUGAUAAUUCAUUUCCAUAUAAUGUAAUUAAUUUAUAGAUCGACCAAAUUUCCUUUACAACCAAAUGUUGCCUAGUUUCCCCUCUGAUUUGUCCGAUUUACCUUUAUCGUAAAGGAAAAACCGGACUUAUGAGAUCUAUCACACCGUCACUGGUAUUCGGCUGAGAUACAUUUAUAUAUUAGUACUGUCUGUAAACGAUUGAUUCAAUUUUCUUGAUGGUUUUUAUUUCGUGAUUUGCCACUUGAUUUUAUCCCGCUCUCCAUCCGUUUAAUUUUCCAAGUAGUACAUUCGAUACAAUUUUUGUUAGCUCAAAUCAUUUUCACUCGAAAACAAUUUGACUACUCUAACUGGUCGACUCUUUUCAAAAAUGAGCGUCAAUUGAUAGCGAGUCUACUUAGAAAAAUGUACGAUUUUUUUCAAGUUGCAACGAGGCACUUAUUUCAAAUUUAUCUGUUUGCUUUCGAUUGUAAUGGAGAAAAAAUUUCAGAAAUUGAACCAAAAAAAGUGGAAAAUAAAUUUGGCUCGAUUUAUGUUACGUGUUAUCGAUGCGAAUCUCAUUAAUCAUUAUUAAACCUACGCUUCGGGUGAAAAAGUCGAUGAUGUUUUGUGAUUUUGACUUUCGGUCGAUUUUUUUUUUUUAAGCGAGCUAUAACAAUACUCAUUUUAAAAUUCGUGAAAUUCUGACCUUAUUUCGUUGUUCCCCACGAAUGCUUCAUUCGAGGUUGGUUAUUUGGUUCUCGUACGAGUACUUACUUACACAUCUAGAUUACCUACUCUCGAUACGAAUCUUUGCGGGACAGUUUAACUACAUAUUAUUCUACUAAUUCCACUUUGAAUGCGCAUAAAAUCCAAGUUAUUCUAAAAUCAACGAGAACAUCGCCGCUAUUACAUUAUAAUGAUUAGCUUGGUGUAAGUGUAAUACGUUUACGUACCUACGUUGGGAUUCGUUUUAAUUCUUUAGUUCAAUUUUAUCGUUGCGUAACCCAUAACGUUCCUGUUGCAAAAGCAAAACGGAAAUCUCAGUUUACUUUUUACAUAUACCUGAUUACCUCUUGCCGCUUGCAAAUUUAUUAUUUUCCUCGUCGUAUUAUCGAACCAUCCAUUGAUUCGAGAACUCAUAUCCGUCCUGCAUUUUUUGAGUUUCUCGAAGCUUUUUUUUUUUCUUCAUCUUAUAACAAAACUAUCAUCGUGGCGCUUUUGGUGCAUUUUAAAAUUUUCAAACAUAUCAAGUGUAUUUUAAUUUUUAUACCUUUCUUUUUUUUUCUAUUUUUGUUAAUUCGUUUUAUGUACUCGUAGUUAUAUUAAUAUGUCUCAAUUUAAAAUGCGUUAUGGUAUUGUGAUGAGAAAAAAAAUCAAGUCCGGUGUCUGUCGAAAGGCGGAUACAUAAAGUAAUUUUUAGCUCAUUUCUUGUGUUUUCUUCUUCUAUUGUUAUUGUACGCGUCGUGUGAUGAAAAUAUAAAUGUAAUGUAACGACUAUUUACGAGUAUUGUGUUUGUGUAGGUAUAUUUGGCGUUAUGUUGAUUGAGAUUUUGCGAUUUAUUAAUUUUUUUUACGACGAUUUCGCUUAAUUUCGGUCAUUCUACACGAAUUAAAUGACUGAAAUUAUUUUUUAAUUAAAAUUUGCAUUAUUGUUACAACGAGAAAAUGUAUUUAUUUAUGUCGAAGUGUAUUUAUUUUGCUGUUCAUUAGUUGUUUUUCUUUUUUGUACAAAUUUUCAAUUUUAUGUGUAUAUAUUGUUAUAGAAAAAUUCAAAAACAAAACCAGAACGUGAUAUAACCAAAAAUAAAAGUAUUUUUUUAAA